CCUACUCUUAAUUACAUGGAGAAGCCACAGGCAAUGAAAGAGUGUGAACAAGUGAAUAAGUGGGGCGGUGCUUGUGGGUGUGUCCAAGUGCCGAUAUAUAAAGCAGGAAAUGUCACCACAGAGAAGUACUCUGCAGCUGGCUGUGGAGUUGAAUUUAUUCAGCACAACAUGACUGAAUCCAGUGGUAAAACAAAGUCCCUUCACGCCAGUAUCGGCACUCUGGCUAUUAGCGCAGGCUCAUUUUUAUUGGCCAUAAACUACUACAGCUGGACGACGGCAACCACAGUUAUACCCAGCACAGCCCUUGGCAUUCUCCUUCUGAUUGUAGCUGCCAUUCUGGCAUAUGUGGGAAUUCGAAAAUGCAGGACAAACGCUUCACUGUGUGUGUUAUUUUACUGGACUGUGUCAGCUCUGUGGUUCAGUUCUGGAAUCAACUUCAUAUUGGCAGGAAAUAAUGUGUUCUCCAAUACUAACCUGAACACUGUGUCCACUCUGAGUGGAACCAACUUUCCACUAGCAGGCAACCCUGACAUGACCAAUGCCAAUGUUCCUGGGCUAAUAGCAUUUGCUGUGGGCCUGUUUAUUAUUGGCAUUACGGGGAUACUUCAAAAUGAAACACCUCUUGCUUUGAUGGCAAUUGCUCUUUCUCUUUCUUCUAUUCAUGAAACUGUGUUGCUUUAUAAAGUCAACUUUGGUGCCUCUGCUAUAGCCUGUAACUAUCUGAUUGUCACUUUAAUUGGGCUGUACUUUGUUGCAGGCAGAGUAGUGUCCAUUCUCAGUAAGGGGCAGUUUAAUCUUCCAGGCACAAGCCUGACUGAGAAAGCAGAUCAGGAGCAAGGUACAAUGAAAGGAUUAAGUAGAAUAGAAUUUGAGGCUACAUACCUUCUCCUUAACAUGGUCUCUUCCAGUGUGUUUGCCUGCAGACUUCUGGGUAUAACCAAUAGUCUGUUUGUUGGACAAGUGCCAUGGCUCUGGACAGCAGCAGUUUUCCAGACUGCCAUUUGUAUUUUGUCAUAUCGCUAUUACAACAUGUUAGAUGCAACCACAGUUGCCUUUUUCUCCAUUCUGAGAUUUGCAGAGGGCUAUUCGCUACUUUAUCAAUUUUUUAACACUGGCGAGCCAAACUUCCCUCUGCCUUUCCUGAUUGUUUUUGCCGUCCUGUUUUUCAUCCUUUCCCUUUUCACAAGUUUAAAAAGUCUGAUAGAUUCAGGAUAUUUACUCCUGUUUGUUGCAUAUUGCAUUGCGUUAGCCUGCAGUCCUCAGGCCUUUUUUCAUGGUGGUUCACAGGGAGUUAAUGUUGCAAUUUUCUUGUUUUCAGCAAUUCUUCUCCUAAUUAAAUUGUAUAACUCUAAAUCAUCAGCUAAGAUUUGCAUUGGGGAGGGAAUUAUAGAGAAACUUUUUGCAAGAAAUAGCUUUUUCAAGUUGCGCCAAGGGAAAAGCACUCCUGAGCCAUUCCUUGGUUUUUCAAAGUACGCAGAUGCUGAUGUCCUUGCUCAUGCGUGCAGUGCUCUUGCUGCUUUUGCCAUGACAAUGCCAGGCACCUCUAGCACACCUCUGCUUACAGUUGUUUUGCCGUGGGUUGUGGUGGCUGGGGGCAUUUAUCACCUUAUUUGUGGAUCAGUCGCCUUCUCUCGUGGUAAGACACUUGAGAGUAGUGCUUUUAUACUUUAUGGAGUCAUGUGGGUUAUUUGGGGACUCACACGCUAUGGUGGCCUGUAUGGAACAAGCAGAGGUUUCAAUACUGCAGUGGGAAUUAUAAGCUUCCUCCUCUUUAAUAGCUUCAUUGUCUUCAGUACCCUUUUCCUUACAAAAGCAUGGUUUGCCUAUUCUCUAACAUUUCAGCUUAUCCUCAUCAGCUUUCUGCUAGAUUCCCUAAAUGCUUUACCUCAAGGCUAUGAUAUUGCUAUUACUAUUAUCUUUGGCCUUGUAAGCUUCUACUGCUUCCUUGCUACCUUAUUUAAUAGUGUUUUUGAAGGUCCCCAAAUACCAGUUGGCAGCCCUUUUAUAAAAAUCAGUGGCUUUUCAAACGAUAAAUCGAAGUGCCCUCACGUCGUCUCUACCAGAACAAGCUCCGUCAGACAAAUAGCAGAGAUCAUGAAGAAUGGAGGAAUAUGUGGAAUUCCAACUGAUACGGUCUAUGUUCUAGUGGCUGCUUGCAACCAGCCUGAUGCUGUGGAGAAAGCAUACAAAACAAAGUUACAAGCUCAAGACCGGCCCAUGUCGCUUUGGAUUUCAAGCCUAGAGCAACUUGCAUCAGCCAAACAUUUAUUUAGCCCUCUGUUAUGGGACUUUAUGCAGAAAGCGUGGCCAUCCUCAAUCAGUUUGGUUAUACCUAGAGGGCCAUGGCUGGAGGUCUUGGGUGCAAAAGAAUCUUCCAAAUACAUAGGAACUCCUCAGAGCAUUGCCAUUCGGAUCCCAGACUGCACUGUUACUACUCACUUGAUAGAUAUGGUGGGACCAAUAGCAGUUACAUCAGCAAAUCCAUCAGGAGAAGCAGAUACAACACACCAUAACCAAGUUUUUGCCAAGUUAGGAGAUAAGGUAGAUGGUGUUCUCUGUGAUGGACCCUCUCCAGAAAACAUUGCUUCCACUGUGGUGGACUGCACCAAGAUUGAUAGUGGAAACCUUGGCUUUUUCAGAGUUGGCAUUGUGCCUAAAUCCCAGGUAUUACAGAUUUUCGAACAAGUUAAGAGUAGAAAUACAUUUGGCUAUGAAAACAGUGCUUUUGUUGGCUCCACUGACCAACUGGACAAUUCUGCUGACAAUUCCAACCCAGAGUUAUAUGAAGAAAUUGAAGCUAAAGAGACCACUGACCAACUGCAGAAUUGUGAUGGAAAUUCCAAUCCACAGCCCAAAGCCUACGUUAAUGGUGGAUUUGCAUUAAAUGAAACAGAUUUGAAACUUUGAUAAUGGUUAACUAAACUAUGGUGUCUCUUAACAAUAGAAAAGCUUCUUAAAUCACUAAGUGUUUUUGUACAUACUGUAUUUAUAAACUGUAUGAGUUUCAGUAUUUAUUAAUGCUCUUUUUUUACAUUGCUCAUUGGCAUAUUUAUAAUUGUUACUAUUUUUGAUAAAAUAUAAAAA